AUGUCGUCUGCUUUGCCAUGGACUGUUGUCCCCGAGGCAGAGGGCGUUGCGGCCAAGGUGGAAGGAUCUGUAGCAGAAAAGUUGGCUCACAAGGAACACGACCAACUACGCGUUGAUGAAACCCCAGGACACUCAGUUCUAGAUAGUUCUGAUGAUGGAGAGAAGAUUCACACGCUUGCACGCCGCCUGACAGAACACUCUAUCAAGAGCAAUGAUAUCGGACAUGUCAACCCUUUCAACGACACUGACAACCCUUUGUUGAACCCUUUAUCAGAAAAAUUCAGUCCUCGAGCAUGGAUGAAGGCUUUGAUUGGAAUCCAGUCCAGAGACCCAGAGAGAUACCCAUCAAGAGUUGCUGGAGUUGCUUACAAGAAUCUGAGCGCUCAUGGAUUUGGAGAAGCUACGGACUAUCAAAAGACUUUCGGAAACUAUCCUCUGGAACUUGGCAGCUUGUUCAAGAGACUCAUUGGAAGAAGACAGCAGACCAAGAUCCAGAUUCUCCGGGACUUCGAUGGACUGGUCCGUUCUGGAGAGAUGCUCGUUGUUCUCGGUAGACCCGGUUCGGGCUGCUCUACCCUCCUGAAGACGAUAUCUGGGGAGACGGAUGGUUUCUUCGUGGACUCCCAAUCGUACAUCAACUAUCAAGGCAUUUCAAUGAAACAGAUGCAUAACGAUUUCCGAGGAGAAUGCAUUUAUCAAGCCGAAGUUGAUGUUCAUUUCCCACAACUGACAGUUGGACAGACCCUUGAGUUCGCUGCUCGGGCCAGAGCUCCCAGAAACAGAAUACCAGGUGUUACCAGAGAGCAGUAUGCCAAGCACAUGCGAGAUGUCAUUAUGGCUGUAUUUGGCCUUGGUCACACACUGAACACCAAAGUUGGAAACGACUUCGUUCGAGGAGUUUCUGGAGGAGAGAGGAAGCGUGUCAGCAUUGCCGAAGCCGCCCUCGGCCAAAGCCCUUUGCAAUGCUGGGACAAUAGCACCAGAGGUCUCGAUAGUGCAACCGCAUUGGAGUUCGUCAAAAACCUUAGACUAUCGACUGAGAUGUCUGGCUCGUCUGCAAUUGUUGCCAUAUAUCAAGCAUCCCAGUCGAUCUACGAUAUAUUCGAUAAGGUCGCAGUUCUGUACGAAGGAAGACAGAUUUAUUUCGGGGAGGUUCAUGCGGCGAAGGAAUACUUCAUCAACAUGGGAUUUGAGUGUCCACCUCGACAAACAACUGCGGACUUCCUCACAUCUAUCACCAGCCCUGCUGAGCGUAUUGUCCGAGAAGGAUUUCUCGGCAGGACUCCCUUUACCCCUGAUGAAUUCGCCUUGGCAUGGAAGAAAAGUGACGAUAGAGCCCAACUUCUGCAAGACAUCGAGGAAUUUGAUCGCUUGCAUCCAAUUGGUGGAGAAUGUCUCGAGAAGUUUAAGGAGAGUCGUCGAGCCGCUCAAGCGAAGUCCCAACGUAUCAAAUCUCCUCGUGGCGCACUUCUUUUCUUCGCCAUUCUGAUGGCCGCAUUUCAAAGUGCUCUCGAGAUCUUGACCCUCUAUGCUCAGCGCGGUAUUGUGGAGAAGCAUGCCAAGUACGCUUUCUAUCAUCCAUUCGCCGAAGCAAUAGCAUCCAUGCUUUGCGAUCUGCCAAAUAAAUUUGGGACCGCUACCGUCUUUAACCUCACUCUCUAUUUUAUGACCAACCUCAGAAGAACUCCGGGUCACUUCUUUAUAUUCUACCUGUUCACGCUCAUGUGUACCUUGACUAUAUCAAUGUAUUUCCGCUCUAUUGGAGCUCUGUCUCGGACCCUUUCACAGGCCAUGGCACCCGCCUCUAUUUUCGUCCUGACUUUGGUCAUUUACACUGGUUUUGCUAUUCCGACAAGAUACAUGCAUCCCUGGUUCCGCUGGUUAAAUUGGAUUAAUCCUGUGGCAUAUGGAUUCGAGUCCUUGAUGGUCAAUGAGGCAUGCUGUUUUCAUGACCGAAAGAUUCCAUGCUCGGCAACAAUGUUCGUUCCUGCAGGUCCCUCAUACCUAAAUAUUUCACCUGAUCAGAGGAUUUGCUCUACAGUGGGGGCUGCCGCAGGAGCAGACUUCGUGGAUGGCGAUGCAUAUAUAAACAUCAAUUUUCAGUACUACCACUCUCACCUGUGGAGAAACUUAGGUGUUAUGGCUGCUCUCAUGGUAUUUGGCUGCGCCGUCUACCUCCUCGCCACAGAAUUCAUUUCCGCAAAGAAGUCCAAAGGAGAAGUCCUUCUGUUCCCCCGAAGCCGUGUACCGGAUCUUGCCCCACAAGCUGACGAAGAGUCGAAUAUCGAUGAUCGAGUCAACACCGAGACAGCUCUGACACGGGAGAAGACUGUUCCUGAUGCGCCUGCCAGUAUUCAAAAGCAAACGGCAGUGUUUCAUUGGGAUGGCGUCAGUUACGAUAUCAAGAUCAAGGGAGGUAAUCGGGUACUGCUAGAUGAUGUCGAUGGUUGGGUAAAGCCUGGAACGUUGACUGCUUUGAUGGGUGUCUCUGGAGCAGGAAAGACCACGCUUCUAGACGUCCUUGCUAGCCGAACCACUAUGGGAGUAGUUACUGGUCAAAUGCUUGUUGAUGGCCGAGAACGAGACACUGGAUUUCAGAGAAAAACCGGCUACGUCCAACAACAGGACUUACAUCUGUCCACCUCAACAGUUAGGGAGGCUCUAUCGUUCAGCGCUAUAUUGCGUCAGCCAAAGUCGAUCCCGCGGGACGAGAAGCUCGCCUACGUCGAUGAGGUUAUCAAGGUCUUGGAAAUGGGGGCAUAUGCGGAUGCUGUCGUCGGUGUUCCUGGCGAAGGACUCAACGUUGAGCAGCGAAAGCGUCUCACGAUCGGUGUCGAAUUAGCUGCUAAACCUGCCCUUCUCCUGUUUCUCGACGAGCCUACUUCUGGACUCGAUAGUCAAACCGCAUGGUCCAUCUGUGCUCUUCUCCGCAAGUUAGCAGAUAAUGGCCAAGCUAUUUUGUGCACCAUUCAUCAACCAUCCGCAAUCCUGUUCCAGGAAUUUGAUCGCCUCCUCUUCUUGGCCGCCGGUGGAAAGACCGUGUACUUCGGAGAAAUCGGAGAGGACUCCAAGACAAUGAUAAGCUACUUCGAGCGCAAUGGCUCCAGAAAAUUCGCGGCUGACGAGAAUCCUGCUGAAGUGAUGCUUGAGGUCAUCGGCGCAGCCCCUGGCUCAGAAACAACAAUCGACUGGCCUCACGUAUGGAGCGACUCACCAGAGCGACAAGCUAUCAAGGCAACACUGGCAGAUAUGAAGGCUGAACUCAGCCAAAAGCCCGUCGACCACGACCCGACCUCCCUGGAUCCGUUUGCCGCACCCCUGACCACCCAACUCUGGACCGUCACGGUUCGAGUCUUCGAGCAGUAUUGGCGCACACCCUCUUAUCUGUACAGCAAGACAGCACUCUGCGUAGCAGUCGGUCUCUUCGUCGGUUUCUCGUUCUGGCAAUCACCGAACUCGUUGCAAGGAAUGCAAAACCAGCUCUACUCGAUCUUCAUGAUAUUGACCGUAUUCGGAAACAUCUGUCAACAAAUCAUGCCCCACUUCGUCACGCAGCGAGAUCUCUACGAAGCCCGUGAACGACCGUCCAAGACGUAUUCUUGGAAGGUAUUCAUCCUUUCUAAUAUCAUCGUUGAGAUGCCGUGGAACACGCUCAUGGCUGUCCUCCUUUAUAUCUGUUGGUAUUAUCCAAUCGGCCUGUAUCGCAACGCAGUACCCACUGGUGAAACUGCAUCCCGUGGCGGGCUGAUGUUCCUCUUCAUCUGGAGUUUCUUGAUGUUUGCUGGAACUUUCACUGAUUUCAUCGUUGCUGGCAUUGACACGGCGGAGAACGCUGGGAAUGUAGCGAAUCUGCUUUUCUCGCUGUGUUUAAUUUUCUGCGGUGUCUUGGCAUCACCACAAAUCCUCCCCCGCUUCUGGAUCUUCAUGUACCGCGUCUCACCCUUCACUUACCUGGUCUCUGGUAUGAUCUCCGUCGGACUCGCCAACUCAGAAGUCGUCUGCAACCCUAUCGAAUACCUGCACUUCAACCCGCCCUCCGGUAAGACCUGCAUUGAGUACAUGGAAACGUAUAUCUCCAUGGCAGGCGGCUAUCUGCUCGACGAGAACGCAUCGACCGAUUGCAGCUUCUGUUCUGUGAGGGACACCAACACGUUCUUGAAGACCUUGAACUCGGAUUUCAGCUUGAGGUGGCGCAACUUUGGACUGAUGUGGGUCUUUAUUGUCUUUAACGUCUUCGCAGCCGUGGGGAUGUACUGGCUUGCGAGAGUUCCGAAGGUCAAGAAGGCGAAGAAGGAGAAGUCUGAAUAGAGCAGGGCGCGAGCGUCGUAUUCGGGGUGGUUUCUUUCUUUCUUUUGCUUUUUUUUUGUGAUACCCCCAUAUUACCCAGCAGCGAAUUUCUCUUCUAUUGCGAGAGGGGAAGGGAACAAAUAAGAAACUGUAGGUAUAGAGAAAAUAAAC